AUGUCAUCCAAAACCGGCACGUCUGCCAUUGCUGGACAGCCAAAGGCUGCCGCACUAGUGGCAACGGUCUUUCAGACGAGUCUUGAUAACUUGCUUCUCGCGGCAACGCGACACCGUAGCAUGAUCACACUGCGUGACGCGGUGCAGUCAGCACGUAUUAAAGGGUUUACUGCGGAAGAUAUCUUCCAUACAUUUGUUCUUGCCUGUGAUACGCUUUAUGGUAAACGACCGUAUCGUCCACUUCUCAUGCAGACACUUAGUGACUUGGGAAAAAUGGCCUCGUUGCGUAUGUUGCCCAUGUCAUGCAACGUUAUUCAUGUCAUAUGUCAUCUUGUACAAAAGCUACUGGGUCGAUGUCCGAGUGGGAAUGUCAACCUCUUGCAAAGUAGUAUUCGUAGUACAACAGUACGGGGAAGAAGUGGGUUUGAUAGUAUUGCAGGCAGCCUCCUGCUGGACGGGGCAUCAACUCUUGAUGCGGAGUUUCGUGAAGGGUCAACUUCCCAAUACCCUGGUAGUGACUCGGCUAUAGAUACGCAUCCACCAGACGAGGAGCUGCAUAUGCGCAUCUUACAAACACUCAUGGCAUACUUGUCAGCCUGUGAAUUUGGCAAUGCUGCACUUGCCGAUAUUAUGAGUAUCCUCUUUCUUGUCUACACGCAGGCGACACCGGAAUCCAUGGUGGAGGCAACAUGUGCGGCAACGAUAGAAGAACGCACGCAGGCGUUGCUUCGUUGCUUACGUAGUAGUAGCGAUGCCAAACAGGUGGAGGAUGAUGGCGCCUCUUUUACGGCGCAGAUUCAGGCUGUGGCGUAUGCGAAGGAUUUGUGUGCCCUCUGCUCCGGGGCCACGCCGAAGUGGUUGAAGUUAUCCCUGCCGCGUCAUGGCUCGGUAUCCGGUGGGCCAUCGGAUUCUAUCUUUGCAGGCAUAUGGACACCACCACGUCGACUGCGUCUUUUGCUCUUGCGAACUCUCAUCACUCAUUUCACGGAGAGUGAACGGAUUCAUUCGAUACAUGAGACCAACGUCUUUUUCACGCAGUACCUGAACGAGGAUGUGGUGUCACUUGUGGUGGGUUCUGGGCGGAACCAAUUGCAUGUUCAGCGACACCCCGAAGAAAAGAAUGUUGAACAGAAUGUGGGGACGAUGAAUCUUGUGGAUCUCGUUUUGCCAGACGAGCAACCAAACAAUGAGGAAUUUUAUCUCACGCAACAACUUGGGGUUAUUACGAUUUCAAAGGCACUGCCAGUUAUGCGACACGCCAUGCCAAUACUUCUUCGACAUCACGUAAUGCUUGUGAAGUUAUGCAGUGAAGGGGAGGAUGGGGAGCUGGGGGAAAAUGCACGACGCAUGGCGGUUGUGCUGACUCUUUGGCAAAAGGUCAUUGCAGACCAUGAAAUUUUGCAGCAGCUGCUUCUACUCACAGGCUCCAAUGGUGUCUUGCUUCCAAAUAGACCGCCAACCGUAUCGUCAGCCAAUAUACCGUCACCAGAAAAACAAGGAUUGCGGCGACCAACACGAGCAUCUGAGGAUGACGCGGCGGCCCUAUUGCUGGACUCCCCUCCUGAUCAAGGUGGUGUAAUGGCAGAUAGCACAAAUGAAAUGCAUCCCUUUGCGGAUCUGGUUACUGUCACAGCAGAACUUCUCUCGGAUAUCAUUGUUGCAUCGGGUGGAAUGCUUAAUCUUGAUCACGUCAGGGCGAACGAUAAUAGGAGUCAUCCCGGCGCUUCUGCUUCUGCUUCUGCUGCUGCUGUUGGUGGUGGUGGUGGGAUUGCUGCCGCUGGUGUUAUGGGUGGCGGGAGUCACUGGAGCGCCAUUUCAAUGGCUUUUUCCCGUCCGCUGCAGUUUUCGAGUACACCGAAGGCAACUCCGAACCAAGAGGACGGUGAAUCUUCCCCACCGGAACGGGCAUUGACAACUAUCAUGGCGCAACGACAUCCAGCGACAGGGCAGGCGGCGGACAUUCUUAGCUUCCUCACAAUAACCUCGCAGAGCUUUGCACGGGUGGUAGAGGCAUCGAGAGUGGGAAGCUCCCCCACGACAACUUGUAGUGGUCCCACCACCGUUAGCGCACGGGAGGAGUUGACAGCCCUCUUCAUCUCGCUACACUCUCCGCUUCUUCGCUGCUUUGCCCUCGCGGCCCAACACCUUCAAGGGGAUGAUGUGAUCCAUAUGGUCUUAAAGGGCGUCACACAUCUUGUGCAGACAUCCUGCAUUCUCGCAUUGCCUGUUCAGCGUGAGAGCUACCUGCAGAUUUUUGUCUCACGCCUCUACAUGAAGCGGGAUAAGCAGUUAUUGGAAGGAGAACUGGUGGGGACGCGUUCGAAAAAUAGAGUUGCGGAUGACUCUGCAUUACCCGCCAAGGUCACAGGGGCAGUUUUGGGCGUGGGACAUGGUAGAAAUUUGCCGGAUAAAGUCAAACCACAAAUGAAACAUGCUACCGCUUUGCGUCGGUCGUUACAAUCUUUGCAAGAGAAACUGUACGUCUUGAACUGUGUGAUCUCCGUUGCAAACUGCAUGGGAGCCUCUCUUGAAGAAGGUUGGCGGCCUGUAGCCUCGUGUCUGAUCUUGACAGAACCACUCCUAAAGGAUUAUCAUCGUCUAAUGGAGCAGCAACAAAAGCAACCGCAUUAUGGGGCUGUGGACGAAAUAACGCUUCAAGAUGCUUUGCGAAAUGCCGAUCGUGUUCGUGAUGCGUUGCAACUCCUCUUUAUUAACAAUGCGUUGUUACCAGAUAGUGUGGCUUUGGAGGACCUUUUGAAAAGCAUUGUCAUGGAGACUUGUAAUUGUGCGCCGUCGAGUUAUUUGUUAUCCAUACGCUUGGUUAGUGAAUGCUGCUCACUGGCGCUCAUGACAGUUGCCGCAGGUCGAACAGAUGUGUCUUUUGCACAGCUGCGGCGGCUGUGGGGUACUGUAAAACCGCUUUACUUGCAUGUCUUUGACCCUGUAAACAUGGUGAAGCUUGUCCGAGUUUGUCUUCACUCGGAGCGCAUGAUGGAGAUGGUGGCGGGAAUAUUUGAGCAACUCGUGGAAGACAUAGCGGUCGUGACGGCGCAGUUCUGCCAGCGUCUCAAUAAAAGCUUUAGUGACAUGAGGGCCAAAGAACAAAAACAACGAGGAGAAGAGAAGGAUGCAACGUUGACGUUUCAUUUUGCGGCUGGGCCGUACGCCACGGCAGCUCUUGUGGCGCGUCUUUCGUAUUUGUGUUCAUCGCCCACGCGGAUUCAACAGGGCACAACUUCGACGAAAUGUCUUGUACACGACAAUGGCGAUGUGUCGAAAGACGAUGUUGAGACGGAACGAAGACAACUUCUUGCCUCGCCAACGGAAUUACUUGCGGUGAUUUAUGGGUAUCUGCAGCAACCCCGACAGCGUCAUGAGAAGAUGCAGCAAGAAGAUGUGGAGGAGGAUGUGGCAAAGAACGAUAAGGAGGCGGUUGAGACUGUGACGCGUGGAGCCUCUUUGAUGGUGUUGAAGGAAGUGCUGAAACUUGUUCAGGGAUUUGGUGAGGAGCUACGUGGGGCGGCGUGGGAGCAUUUGUUGCAUCUGCUUCGACACACCGCCGCGCCGUCUGGGGCGAAACGACAUCCCCAUCCCACUACAGCUCCUUUGACGAGUGUGAAGCAGAGCAUUGGCAUCGCCUUCCGUGCGCUGGAGACGAUUCAACACUCAUGCAUCACAAGCCUGGAUGACGAGGGCCUGCGGCAACUUAUUCGCUGCGGCGGUGCCUUCAUGACGCAGCAGUUCCCCGGUUUGGAGCAUCGCCUUAAUAUUAACCUCAGUGCUGUCCAGCUGCUGUGGUCCAUCGCCGACUAUGUCGUUUCCCGAGAGAAGGGUGAUAACAAGAAUGAUGAUAUUCUUUGGUGUACAUUGUUGAUGCAGCUUUACGACGGCUGUCUUGACGUGCGUCCAGAGGUGCGGCAGAGUGCACUUAAGACACUAUUUUCACUUCUGCAAACAUACGGUGGACGCCUCUCGGCAGAGUGUUGGAAAUGUGUAUUUAUCGCCGUAUUAACGCCAUUGAUGGAGGCCACUGUGCAGGCAGCCAAUACGUGUGUGGUGAAUUCAGACACUUUAUCAAUGCCGGAUAAAUUGCGGUUCCGCCGCCGCUCUUCCGUGACGCAGCAGUUGAGGCGCGGCUCCUCCGACUCGGGCUUCACAUCGUUUAGUGAUUCCGCACAAACUCUGUAUGGGGGAUAUGCCAAUGAAGAGGAGCAGCAUAUUGCCAUGCUCCUGGCACACCUCGGUGAGCAGCCUGCCCUGUUUGAAAGUAUGCGUGUGACGAUAAUGGACGCGGUGUGUCGUGUGUUUGUUUCACACUAUCAGGCGAUAUGUACCGUUCUCUUUGUGAACUGCAGUGAUGCACAGCAACGCACGGAUAGGGAGAUGCUGCUGCGAGAGACCAUUUCUCUUUUUAUUGGAUUGUGCGAGACGUCCCAAUUGGUGGCACGAACGACGAGUGGUGAGAGCUCCGCCCUCUCCGCAGUACGUGCGUUGCAUGUGUUGAUGACCGCACCAGGCAUGACGUUGUUAACCGAGAACGAGUUGGAGUCGGCGUGGCGUGCGAUUGAACAACUUCUGCGCCGCGAUGGUGACGGGGCAAAUACGAUGCGGAAACAGUGCACCACGGCUGUGGUGUCGACAAUUGUAACAUCACUGGGAGAUGUGGUGGCUAUGAGGAUUGCCGAAAGGGAACAACAAAAGCAACAGAAACAGCAGCAACAGCGUCAUCAAACAGAUGCAUUGGUACCGGCGACAAAUGUCAAGGCCCCUACGUCUUCCACCUUCUUUGAGCAGCUGUGUCACGCCUUUUCCUCAACCCCAUCCGGACUGAGGGGUGGUAAUGGUGGUAGCACCGGCGGAAGGGCACGUCAUGACUACUUUCCGGAUUACAUCCACAUUGUGCAGGAAAGUCUCUGCUCAUUUGCUGUCGCAGACUCCUAUUUCUUCCCUAGCAGAGUGCAGACGGCGGUCAUUGGAGUUUGGAAAACACUCUGGCCAAUGCUCAAUGAGCAUGAACGGGGCGCCAUUAUAAAAAUCGCGCUGCAGCAAUUCCCAACUCGUCACAGCAUCAUGUCUUUUAUCACGCAAGGAACAAAUUCUCGCGGCAGAAAAAAUAGAGAAGGGGUAGAGGAAAAAAUAACUCUCACUGUGACAAUGGCAGAGCCAUCGCCAUGUCAAAAGGAGGAAAAAGAAGAGCGCCAAAUCUCAUUGUCCGACUCUUUGCCUCCUGGGGCCCAUCCAAGUUUUCUCUUGGCGCUUAUGGACUUUUUUCGCUUUGUUGCCACUGAGAGUGAGGGGGAGGCUGUGGCGGAAAACCAGCAACAGAAAUAUGUUAUGUUUAAUGCGGCACCUGCAUUGAUACGGGCGGCCGGCGUGUUGUUGCUGCUUGAGUAUGCCUCGCCGGCGUUGCUUGAGGCACCAGGUUCGGGCUUGCUUUUUCGCAUCCCUGCCGACUUCUUUGACAGGGCGGAACGAUGUCUCACCUUUUUUCUUGUUGAUACUCUCUGGGGUGGGAAAUCAACCCCCUUGUGUAAGGCGCCAUCUUCAACACCACCAACGGUGAUGUAUGGCUUUUCUGCUUCCUUGGCAACGAGUCGUCGAGAGGGUCUCUUGGCGUUUGCUUUUUUGUUCUCCUCGCUUGUGUCAAUUGCCAGCAAUCAGCUUGGUGCCUUUACGAAAAAUGGAUUACACGAUGUUUCCACACGUGACGAGACGCCUGAGCACCUGCGGUGUGCGUCGCAGCGUCUUGAAAGUCUGGUUGUGUUGAUAGGCGAACUCAUUCCAAAUGUCAUUCGCCGAUCCGGGGAUUUGGCCUCCACCACGGAGUUGCUCUCCGUACUUGUGCCCUCCUCGUCACUUGAGUCGCCGCUUUUAGCCGCUGUUGCGAAACGCAGUUUGGACGUUCUGCGCCGCUGGUCGGUGUCUUCUUCACCGUCAUCACCGCUCCUGUCGCCGUCAUCUGAGGAAUCUGCUGAGGCAAGGGGAAAAGUCACCGCGGUGGGGGCGGAGGGGUCAUCAUCAUCGCGACAGAAGGAUGACGACACGGAAGGGCCCCAGAUGACCGCUGCGGCCGAUGCCGUAGCAUUAUCAGUAGAAGGCUCUGACUUAUCUCUUGAUGGUGAGGAGUUGAGUAACAGGCUGAAGAGCGUGGCACGGGCAUCAAUGGGCGCCCGCAACCUGGCGGUCCUUCAAAGGUUUCUUUCCAACACCGCCAAUGAGGAGACGCGGCAGAUGAUGAAGACCACCUUACAGACCAUUGUGCUUCUGUAUCCACCCAACCUCGAGAAUCAGAAGCCGCCGUCAGGGUGGCGCUCCUCUGGGGUUAUGCCUGCCGCUAUUGAGGGUAAUGGUGCAUCAGACGAAGUCAAGAAUAAUAGGAAGAAAGAAAACGACACAGGUGAGGCACGGGAGGUGCUGCAAGGUAUCCUGGUGGAACUAGCCCGCCUUGUCGAGCACACUGGUGAUGAUGCGGAGCUCCGCUCCAUGCUCUCAAGAGCCAUGUUGGGCAUUUGUGCGUCCCUAGGCUUUGUUCCUUCAGCGUGA